GUCAGGUGACAGACAGCUUUCCACUCAGUACAAUCCCAAGGAUCAAUUAAGCUUCUUCUCUCAGCUAUUCCCAGAAAGACAAAAUGCAUUCACUUUUAACUAUCAAGUUUCCCCACCCAAACAGCAUUCUUAUGACGCUGUUGAUUGAAUAUGUACUUUUGUUCUCGGGGCACACCACACAUCCAGCAUUGCUAAACAAGCAUAAUUCACGUUCCAAGGCGAACAUAUUGAAAUUCUUCAAGUAACUGUACAAGGCACCAAACCCGCAAAUAAUAAACACUUCUCAGUAUAUAAAUGUCACUUAUCAAUGCCUCGUGGCGUUCAUUUAAUCAUUCCUCGACAAUCAUCGACACAUAACCUCAACCUACAAAUGAGAACACCCCAUAAUUUCCAGUCUCUUAUUCCGUAACCUAAUAACAGCCCACCAAUAUCAGAUCACUUUUCGCACACAGAAACAUACGGCAAUGAUUCUUGCAUUAUGGCAUUUUAAGACUGAAUAUUUGCCAUUAUGAACUCAAAUACAUUUAGCACGCAAACAUCUCCCAAGGCGAAACACUAACAACUCGCUACACAUAAACUACAUACGGCCAGUCAUACACCUCGAAGGCUUCAAAGACUAGAUUCACGCAACAAAUCUAACCAACUUCGGACUUGCUUUCUCUAUCUGCAAACUUGACCACAGCGAAUUCUAGUAGCGAACCCAAUAAACUACGUAUUGAGCGGGAGAAGGGCAUAAGUGAUCGAACCAGAAUCAGAAUACACCACACGCCCACGCCUCGUAGCCGAAGAGCAACGUACGAGACUGCGGAGGACGACGUCGGCAGGCAGUUCGAGACCCGGGGAUACUUACAGUAGUAUUAAGUUGUAGAAAUUAGACGAGGGCAGAAACGGGUUUGGUUUUGUACUGAUUUCUGCCCUCUAAAAAAAUUACAGAGGGUCGCAGUGGGUGGAUAUGGGAGCCUUAGAGGAGAGGAGGAGGGGGUUAUGCAAAAAUAUAUUUAUGAGGGAGCAGCAAAGGUGGUCCAAACAGACAUCAUACCAACUCCAGGUGAACAAUCUUUAACCAAAACCACGUGUUCAAAGCACUUGAGUCGAAAAAGAAUCCAGCCAAAUAAGUCAAACCAAUAUUUUCUAUACUUGGUUCCAACCAACCACAUCACUCCCCGAUCUUAAUCUACAGGUGGUGACAAUUCUGAAAAAAAAGGUUCAUGAACACUGUGAAGACUAGUUUACUGCAAUUACUGUCGUCAUAAACAUUUUUGCCGCCUUCUUUUCCAGACGUCUCAUCAGCCACACGCGUGUGUUUACUUCGAUGUCUUCACUUCAUCAAAAUCACGCUCUCCAACUUCCCAAUGUGGCAAUGUAACUAGGCCAUGUAUUUCAUCAAAUUACUACUGAUUGUGUACACUUCAAACGCAGAUUUAUAACAAUUCUAUCCCUGAAGACGUGUAAUCUGCCAACAACUCAAGAGGACCGCCGUGAAAACUUCAGAUCCCUAAAUGCAUGAAAAACUUAAUUUUCCUAAUAUCUGAACUUGGCGGCGAGCGGUACUUUAUUCACCCCUAAGCAUGACGUUCGUCGCAGAAGUGUAAACGACCGGCAUGACGUCAGCACUGAGUCAGAGGUCAUCUGACAACGCUGUAUCAACCGCAGAACGAGAUUUCUUGACGGAAGCGAUCGAACCCGUGGCUUCAGAAUACGAACUGGAUGCAUAACAGAGAAGCGUUGUAGAGUGGACUGGGAGAUGGGUGGAACAUGCAGUACGCAUGGGGAAAUCCAUUUAUAGAACAGAUAAAUCAGGGAGGCUGGGCCUUUCUUUUAAGGGGAGGGAUACAAAGAACGUCCUGUCCAGAGCAUCUGUUGGGGAAAGUUUCGGCACAAAGGACUGUCCCAUCGUCAUCAUAACAGUAUUCUUCUUCUCCUUCUUCCUGAUUUCCCCAUUUCCUUCUACAAACGAAUAACAUGGAGCAGAGUCCUUCAGGCUGAUAGUCGCUCAGCAAACACAGAUAACUCAGAAGAUGUACAAAUUAUAGAGACGUCUUUCGUGGACCAGAAUGACGUCCAUCACCUCGACAUUUAUAUCAGACGCGCACCAAAAGCCUCCGUUAGACAUCGCUCGGAACUCCACUGGGAUAGGUCGUCUCUGCUCCGCGUCUCCACAGUCUGCGAUCUGCGCUCUGUCUAGUGACGGCGCCUGGCGGGCCACAUAAGCUCAAGGCACGUGGACACCUGCAGCAGUAUAUAGGAAGCCGGCAGACGAGGCUCCUGCAGCCGCACACGAUGACUGUCAAACGGACGACCGGGCGCUUUACCAGGGACCAGUGGGUCGUGCUGUCUGUCAUCGGCAGCGUACACUUCGGAUGCGCCAUCUGCAUCUCCCUGCAGGCGCCCUUCUACCCCGCCGAGGCUGAACGCAAGGGGGUGUCGGCCAGCGAGUACGGCCUUGUGUUUGGAAUAUUCGAACUGGUCUCCUUCCUCAGCAGCCCAAUUCUGGGGAAAUACCUGAGCUACAUUGGGCCAAAGUUUAUGCUGAACUCUGGAAUUUUCAUCGCGUCAACAUGUUCUAUUCUCUUCGGGCUGCUGGACCUGGUCCCAAAGCACGUGGACUUCAUCGCUCUGUCGUUUACCAUCCGCAUCGUCGAGGCUCUAGGGGCCUCAGCAGCCACCACUGCGGCCUUUGCAAUCACAGCAUCCGUGUUUCCCGAUUCCGUCGCCACUACAUUCGCAGCCCUCGAAGUCUUCUAUGGCCUGGGCUACAUUGUCGGGCCUAUGAUUGGUGGAAUCCUGUUUUCGCUUGGCGGCUACAUCCUGCCGUUUGUAGUCAUGGGUACAUUCCUCAUGCUCGUCGCUAUAUUCAUAUACUUCACCCUGCCCCCUUUGGGAAACGAACCGGGUCAGCUGCGACCAGAAGUAAAGCUGUUAGCUAUGUUUAAAAUUCCCGACGUGGUACUCGAUUCAUUCUGCAUAGCUGCGACAGCUAUCAGCUUGGGUUUCUACUCGGCAACGCUCGAGCCUCACCUCAGAAAGUUCCAGCUAACGCCACUGAUGACGGGGGUGAUGUUCGUGAUCAGUGGGACGCUGUACGCGGUGUCUGCGCCCCUCGUGGGACGCCUCUGUGACCUCAAUGUGUACACCAAGAAGGUGAUGGUGGCCGGCAGUGCGUGCAUAGUGACCAGCUACGUCCUGGUGGGCCCUCUACCGGGGCUGCCCCUCCCAAACACCCUGUCGAUGUGUGUUCUUGGACUCGUUGUCCACGGCAUCGGCACGGCCUGCAUCCUGGUGCCUUGCUUCAUUGACGUCAUCAGAUCCUCUGUGGCGAAGGGGUUCCCCGAUGACAUGACAACGUACGGGAUGGUGUCGGGGCUGUGGACCUCCUUCUUCUCGCUCGGGGCGUUCGUGGGGCCUUCAGUUGGGGGGGUGCUAUACGACACAGUGGGGUUCAGGAGUGGGACGCUGUUUCCUGUCACCACGCACAUCCUAGUGUUCGUUUCCACUGUGUGUUUCGUACUCGUGGAGAAGAGGUCCCGCCCGGUGGCACUCCUACCCCAAGCCAACCCCGUGGACCCCGAAGGCGACUGCACCCAGAGGGGCCGCAAUCUACCGCAGGACAUCCCGCCCCUUCUACCCUCAAAGUGUCACGAUUCCAUCACGACGGGGUACGGCAGCUUCGGGUCGCCUGCGCCUUUCCUGACGCCUUUCUCGUGACGUGUGGCUCAUUCAGAAUGACAGACAUUCCUAAAGGCCAGAGCCGUCUUCGCGUUCCAUCGCUCUCCCCUGAUGGGGGACGCCAUAUUGCGUGGUUGCAGGGAUUACCACGCGGAGUGGGAGCAGCACCAUCACCGUUCCUGCUACUCCGCACCUUCACUCCGUUUUUACGACUUGAAAUCAGCUGUUGUUGAAAUAAGGUUAGGUUUAUGUUGUUUCGUGUUUGUGAAGUUUCACAGUGGUUUAAGGACGAAGACCAUGAUAUUAAGCUUUUUUUUUUCGCAGAGACACUUUAAUUUUUCAAGUGUUUCAACUAUCUUAAAUGAGAAUCAGAUGAUGACGUAGGUGGCAAUUUGUUUCAUGUUGGAAACAGGAAAAAUAUUAGUAAAAUUUUAGUAUAUGCGCCUGAAUCGAAGGAUCUAGGCAUAAAUUCCCUGUCUUUCAUGAAGCCCGAAAGAUCGUUACUAUGUUCAAAACAUCCAUUUGAGCAUACCCUGAGCCAGAUUAAUCCAGUCCAAACCCUCACAUUCCUUCAACAUUAAUUUUAAUAUUACCCUUCAAUCUACUUGCAGAUUUGUCCUUUCCUCUCAGCUUUCGACACUUCACAUUUUCAGAACAAAAAAUAGUCAGCACACAGAAUUAUUGAACCUUCAUUAACAAUAACCACGAACAGUUUGUGAUACAGAAACCAGUCUAAAAGACGUGGUAUCGGGCAAGCGCGUUUACUAUAAGCUGGCUGCGGGGACUGCAGCUCCGUUAUGUGCAAACCUUGCAGCCCUGAUCAGCACUGUACCAGUGAACUGCCCCUCACUCCACCAACCACCCCGCUCGAUGCUUUUGACCGGCUAGCCGCACUGAAAUCCUUGCAGCCGGAUGAUAUCCCCUUCUGCAUCGCAAACCUCGCCCGCGGACUUAUUAUCAGUUCAGCCGAUUAGUGGAUAAUGACAACGUAAGGGGCAAUAUUAAAAUAAUGAUACAGAGGAAACAAAGUGUUACAAAUUAUAUAAACACAAACAUAAUUUUUUCAAUUUUUGAAAAAUUAUAGGGGGUGCUGCAGCUCUGAUGGACGGGCCGCCACUCCCCAAUAUAUAAUAAUAUAUCUGUGCCGUGUUAUGGUUUAGGCAUCAGCCAAUAAACAGCAGUCAAAUUAUAAAUUACUGUAUAUUCAGACCAGUAAUUUGAACACCAGAAUGGGUCACUACACAUUGCCAAGUUUUCUGUCUCCUGAUACUGAAUAAUAAAAUUAAAAAACAACCAUGCA